AUGAGAACACUUUUCAUCGUUUUAUUAACCCUUCUGGGUCUAUCCUCUGCCCUGGUGGUGCAACAUCAGAUGGUCUAUCGUGAAUCCAGACGGUCUCAGAUGAUGAGACGUGGAGAAUGGGGAGCAUACCUCCAGCACAAGGCAGCUCUUCGUGAUUCCAAUCCAUCAGUCUACGCAAGUCUCCCACAAAAUGUAAACGACUAUGGAGAUGUUGAAUACCUUGGGAACAUCACCAUUGGAACACCACCACAACCAUUCCUGGUCGUUUUGGACACCGGAUCAUCUAACCUUUGGGUGCCAGGAACUACUUGCGACGGAACUUGCAAAGGAAAGAAGACAUUCGACUUCUCGAAAUCCACAACAUUCGUCGCUAACAAUCAAACAUGGGUGAUUCAAUAUGAAGGUGGAAAUGCUAAGGGGUACUUGGGACAAGACACUGUAUCAUUUGGAGCAGCCAAUGAACAACAACUUCCAGUUCCAAAAACCACUUUUGGAAUUGCAACGCAAAUUUCUGCGGAGUUUAAAAAUGACGCCGCCGAUGGAAUCCUCGGACUUGCCUUCACCGCUCUCUCUGUCGGGCAUGUCACCCCAGUUCUCAUCAACGCCAUCAACCAAGGAAUCCUGGAUCAACCACUAUUCACAGUCUGGCUAGAACACGUCGGGACUGCCACGAAUGUUAAAGGAGGAGUCAUGACAUACGGAGCCAUUGACACCACCAACUGCGGACCGGUUAUCGCCUACCAACCACUUUCCUCAGCCACCUACUACCAAUUCGUUGCCACUUCUUUCAAACUGGGAAACUAUGUGCAGUCUAAGACCUACCAAGUCAUCUCCGACACCGGAACUUCUUUCGUCGGAGGACCACAAGCUGUCGUCGAUGGUAUGGCUAAAGCAUUGGGAGCUACGUUCAACCAAGAUUUCGGAUCCUACUUCGUCCCAUGCGCCAAUAUCAAGACAUCACCAACCCUCGACAUCACCAUCGGAUCCCACGUCUACUCCAUUGACGCUGUGAAUUACAUUAUUGAUAUCGGAAUGGGAGAUGGCAAUUGCUUCUUCGCUGCAUUUGCAUUCAACAACUUUGGAUUCGGACCAGCCUGGAUUCUUGGAGAUCCAUUCAUCCGUCAAUAUUGUAAUAUCUAUGAUAUUGGACAGCAGCGUAUGGGAUUCGCUAAAUCGCUUCAGCCUUGA